AUUUAAUCCCAGUUUACUCUGUAUAGCUAAUUGCAAUUGCAAUUUCCCCCCUCCCUCUUCACUUUGCUAGUAGUGUGCCAUUGCGCUGCCUCUCUCUCUCUGCUUUCUCUCUCCCCACACCGGCGUCCGGAGUAAAGGGCUCCAGCAACGAAAGCACGCCCUCUUUUUCUUCCCUCCUUCGCCAAAAAGUGAGAGAGAGAGAUCGGGGAGGGGGCAAAGCCUAGGAUUCCCAGCAAUUCCACUGCCAAGCCAAGGAGGAGCAGCCCCGCCUCCCCUGAAUCUUGGGACUCCGUUCCUGCUCCGCUCCGCUCCGGGGAGCGCGCGCAUCUCGGCGGAUUUGUUCCUUCGUCCUGCUCACCUCACCUCACCUCACCUCGAGCUCGCGAGGGGAGGUGUUGGAUUCGGUUUGGCGGUGUGGUUGGGGGCCGGAAAAGAAAGCGAGGGGGAGUGGUUACUUCUUCUUGGCUUCUUGUAACGGGAGCGCGCUUCCUUGGCUCGCUCCUGCCUGCCUGCCUGCCAUUAAAGGCGGCGCCUUUGCCCCCUUUGAUUAUCCCCCCCUCUCUACAUCUGCCUCCCCGGUGGUUGGGUUCGGUUUCUGGAUCCCCGGCGACCUCCUCCUGUUAGAUUGCCUUCGGAAAGGCGCGUCCUUGACGGGAAAUUUCGCGCCGCCACCCCCUCCAGGCUCUGAAUCUUGGCGCCGCCGCCGCUCCCCGCCCCGUGUUUCUGGUGCCGCGGGUUGCUUUCUUGGAGGAUCUGCGGCGCUUCUCUGGGAGGGGAUUUGGGCGCCUGGAUGUGAAGAGAUUUCGGAUUCGGAAGGAACACAAAAGGGGACAACAAGGUUCUGAUUUGAUUUGCCGUGGUAUGUGCCAUGAGGAAGCUCUUCUUCUCCGAGUUGUCCUCCUGCAAGGAGACCAAGCUCCACGCCGCCACACACUCAUGGCUGCCUCUCGACAAAGGGAAGCUCUCCAAGUUCACUGCGCACUCCAGCUCAUCCUCUUCCUCCUCCAUAGAAUCUCUGAUGAAAAUGCCGGAGCCCGCGGUUCUUCCGCACUUCAAGCCCGCUGACUACGUCGAUAUACUGGCUCAGAUUCACGAGGAGCUUGAGUAUUGCCCUCCGGAUGACAGGUCAUGUCUCUACCUGCUCCAGUUCCAGGUUUUCCGCGGCCUUGGGGAGACCAAGUUGUCGCGGAGGAGCCUCCAGGCCGCGUGGGAGAAGGCCAGCACCAUACACGAGAAGCUCAUAUUCGGGGCGUGGCUCAAGUACGAGAAGAGAGGAGAGCAGCCGAUAUCCGACCUUCUUGGCUCCUGCGGCAAGUGCUCUCAGGAGUUCAAGCUGCUGGAUUUCGUCUCGCAGAUAUCCGCCGAGUCACAUGGGAUGAUAAGCUAUGACGACGAGUCUGAUGAGUUCCAGGGUUCUUCCGUGGUUCAUCUCCGGAUAAGAGAUGACAUGAUUGCAUGUGAUCGGCGGAAGCUCUCCGCGCUGUCUACUCCACUCUAUGCAAUGCUUAAUGGCGGCUUUCGGGAAUCAUAUCUUGAAGUCAUUGACAUGUCUCGAAACGGCAUAUCCCCUAUCGGUAUGCGAGCAAUCAGUAAAUUCAGCCUGUCAGGAAGGCUGCCGUAUUUGUCAGCUGAAGCUAUUUUGGAGAUGCUUGAUUUCGCCAAUAAAUUCUGCUGCAAGGGCCUCAAGGAUGCUUGCGAGCGAAAGCUUGCUUCUUUUGUUUCCUCCAGGCAAGAUGCUAUAGACUUCAUGGAGUGUGCUAUUGAGCUGGGCUGUUCCAUUCUUGCGGCCUCAUGCUUGCAGGUUCUCUUGAAUGAACUUCCAGAGUGCUUGAAUGAUGAGCAAGUGGUUAGGAUAUUCUCCUCCGCGAAUAAGCAGCAGAGGUCCACCAUGGCUGGCAAUGCAUCUUUCUCUCUAUAUUGCCUUCUUAGUGAAGUCUCCAUGAGCAUCAGUGCAACAUCGGAUGUCACCAUAAGCUUCUUGGAAAAGCUGGUGGACUCAGCAUCAGAUUCUAGACAGAAGCAGCUGUCUUUGCAUCAACUGGCUUGCAUGAGGCUGCUAAGGAAAGAUCACACUGAAGCUGAGCGCCUGUUCAAUGCUGCCUUUACCGCUGGACAUCUAUACUCGGUAGUUGGCUUGGCUAGAUUGGCCUCUCUGAGGAGCAAUAGGCACUUUUCUCUCAAGUUGCUUGACUCUGUCAUGUCAUCUCGUUGGCCUCUUGGGUGGAUGUAUCAAGAGAGAGCACUAUAUUUGGAUGGUGAUAGCAAGUUGGAAAAUCUCAACAAGGCUACUGAGUUGGAUCCUACGCUGACAUAUCCUUAUAUGGUUCGAGCUGCUUCUUUGAUGAAAAGGCAAAGUGUUGAAGCUGCCCUGAUGGAGAUUAACCGGAUCCUGGGAUUUAAGCUGGUUCUGGAAUGCUUAGAGCUAAGGUUCUGUUGCUACCUUGCUCUUGAGGAUUAUAGAGCCGCCUUAUGUGAUGUCCAGGCAAUCCUUACGCUCGCUCCAGAUUAUCGCAUGAUUGGUGGUCGAGUGGCUGCAAAGCAGCUGCGCAUGCUUGUGAUGGAGAAUGUAGAACAAUGGACAACUGCUGAUUGCUGGAUGCAGCUCUAUGAUCGGUGGUCCUCUGUUGAUGAUAUAGGAUCACUCUCGGUCAUAUAUCAAAUGCUGGAGUCAGAUGCUGCUAAAGGAGUUCUGUACUUCAGGCAAUCUUUGCUACUUCUCAGAUUAAAUUGUCCUGAGGCUGCAAUGCGCAGCUUGCAGCUUGCUCGUGAGCAUGCAUCAAGCCAACAUGAACGACUUGUUUAUGAAGGCUGGAUACUGUAUGAUACUGGCCACUGCGAGGAAGGAUUGCAGAAAGCGGAAGCAUCCAUUGCAAUACAAAGAUCAUUUGAGGCGUUCUUCUUGAAAGCUUAUGCUUUAGCUGAUUCGAGUCUUGAGCCAUCAACCUCAGCAACAGUUGUAUCGCUUCUUGAAGAUGCAUUACGUUGUCCCUCGGAUAGACUUAGGAAGGGCCAAGCCUUGAACAACCUUGGGAGUGUUUAUGUGGACUGCGGGAAGCUAGACCUGGCAGCUGAAUGCUACAUUAACGCCCUAAAGAUUGGGCACACAAGAGCUCAUCAAGGCCUCGCCAGGGUCCAUUUCCUUAGGAACAACAGAACUGGUGCAUUCGAGGAAAUGACCAAGCUAAUUGAAAAGGCCAGGAGCAAUGCAUCAGCAUAUGAAAAGAGGUCUGAGUACUGCGAUCGGGAUCUAACUAAAGCUGAUCUGCAGAUGGUCACCAAACUUGACCCCCUGCGAGUCUACCCCUACAGAUACCGUGCUGCUGUUCUGAUGGACAACCACAAGGAGAAAGAUGCCAUCUCGGAGCUGACCAAGGCGAUCGCCUUCAAGGCGGACCUCAACCUGCUCCACCUGCGUGCGGCCUUCCAUGAGCAUGUCGGCGACAUCUCGGGAGCCCUCCGGGACUGCCGUGCAGCGCUCUCGGUGGACCCCAACCACCAGGAGAUGCUGGAGCUUCACCACCGGGUGAACAGCCAAGAACCCUGAGCCCGUUGUUGUAUAUACAGGAGGGGCUCCCAUAGCGAAAACCCAUACCAGUGUAUGUUUUGUACCAUACACAGCAAGCAGAUCACAGUGUGAGGAGAUAGUAGCCAGCCAUUUAGGUCUCUUCCCCCCAAAAACCACCAUUCCUUGUGUCCCUAAUUAGAUAUAUGAAGCUGUCCAUCAUAGCUGUCCUAUUAGUAAAUUAUUGUUGUCCUUUUGUGAUUAAGCCUUUCUAAUUGUAUCCCUCCAUCCAUGUGCCCCAACCCAUGUUGCCAACAAGUUUUGACUGUCACAUGUGUAAAGGAAAUGGAAAAAAGAAAUGGAGAAGUGUACGAUGAGCCGGUGUCAAA